AUGCCCCGUUCUUCUCGCACAGGUAAAUUAGUAUACGAUCCUGAAGUUGAGAAGGCAGCGCGUAGGCGGAGACAAGAGACCAAGAGGCAAAAAGAAGGGCACUUAUUUGCUGCAAACGAGUCAGCGGAAGACGAAAUAAGCAUGGCCAACAACCAAACAUUGAGGGAGCUGGCUGCUCCGGAGCUGACUCACCAACCCUUGUGCAUCACAUUCCCCGCUUUAGCGGAGAAUACUGCUUUCGAACUGAAGUCGGGGUUGAUUCAACUCUUACCUUCUUUCCAUGGUCUCUCUGGCGAAGAACCUCACAAGCACGUCAAGGAGUUCGAGGUGGUUUGCUCUAGUAUGAAACCUCCUGGGGUCACUGAAGAGCAAAUCAGACUGAGAGCCUUUCCGUUCUCUCUCAAAGAUGCAGCUAAAGAUUGGCUGUACUACCUACCAGCAGGUAGUAUUACCACAUGGGCACAGUUAAAAAAGAAGUUUUUGAAAAAAUUCUUCCCUGCAUCCCGGGCUGCGAGUUUGAGGAAGGAGAUCUACGGCAUUAAACAAUAUCCCGGUGAGUCCUUGUAUGAAUACUGGGAAAGGUUUAACAAGUUGUGCACUAGAUGCCCGCAACAUCAAAUUAGUGAACAACUGUUAAUCCAAUACUUCUAUGAAGGGCUCCAAUCAACCGAUAGGAGUAUCAUUGAUGUUGCGAGUGGGGGAGCACUUGCAAACAAGACACCGAGGGAAGCGUGGGAGCUCAUCGAAGCCAUGGCAGAGAACUCCCAGCAAUUUAGCUUGCGUGAGAGCAACCCUCCCCGUAGAGUCAACGAGGUAGAGACUUCAUCCAUACAGCAGCAACUGUCAGAGUUGACGUCUGUUGUUAGGCAAUUAGCCAUGAGAGACACGCCGCGAGCAAAGGUGUGUGGAAUCUGUACUAGCAUGGACCACUGCUCGGACACGUGCCCCAUUUUGCAAGAGGAUGGGGCCGAACAAGUGAACAUGGCCGGAGGCGUGCCCGCGCCCCGCAGGCAGUACGACCCGUACUCCAAUACGUACAAUCCGGGCUGGAGGGACCAUCCCAAUCUCAGUUAUGGGAACAGGCAACAAAAUUCAUUCUCCAAUCGUCCACCAGGAUUUCAGCAACCAUGGCGACCGAAACCGCAACCCUCAUCCUCCAACACAGGGAGCUCAUUGGAGGAUAUUGUCAAGAGUCUGGCUACGACUACCGCCCAGCUCCAGCAAGAGACCAGGUCAUUGACCACAAAUAUGGCUCAACUCCAGCAAGAAACUAGAGCCUUAACCAUGAGCACCACUCAGUUCCAGCAGACACAAAAGCAGGCAUGA